AUGGACCCUUUAUGUCAUCUACGACCGGAAUCUAAAAGCAACCAGGUGAAAUGUGACUUGGAAGGCAGCCAGAAUGAUGGGUGCAGCAAUUGUCGUCGCUUCAAUCAAUCUUGCAUACGGCGCACUGGCCUGCGCAAACGAGUGAAGCGGACAAGAGAGGACCCUGCACCACAAUAUUUAAGUCCUGUCAAUUCAUCUGUGGAUGCUGAGGACUUACCUCCAAAUGCCAAGUCUCCGCGAAUUCUGUCACCACAGAACGGCGAAGCAACAAAACAAGACCAAGGCCAAUCCAAGCCGCAACCGGGAUUCAUUGCAGAUCAUUCGGUUCUGGCUUGUGAUAUUCCGACACAGCCGACAAUAUCGGAGGAAUCGCUAUCUCAUUCGAGGAGCAUCACAAAUGCAAUUCUGGUCGCGACUGAAGCGGCAGUACUACCCGUCACUCCUCUUCGAAGAGCACUGACUGAUGUCUUUUUUGAACAUGUAUUCCACAACUACCCUGUUAUCAACCGUGAGGAUAUCGCAGAUUCAGGCUCAUCUGUUCUCCUGCAGCAAGGGAUUUGCCUUGCUGGGAGCUUAAUGAGACAUGGUCCAGCAAAUCUCCAGCUUUCACAUUCACUAUAUGAAAAGGUAAAAACCCUCAUUUACCUAAAUUUUGAGCCCGACAAUCUCGCAACUCUGAAGACAAUGUGUCUCCUAUCGUGUUGGAGUGUGAAGCCACCCGAUAAGAUUAGUUUGGAUGGGCCCUGGUACUGGACAGGAGUGGCUUCAAGGCUUGCCAUCCAGAUGGGUCUUCACCGAGAGUCGACCUACACCAAUAACCCCCAAAAUCAUUGCCUACGUCGGAUUUUCUGGCAACUUCAUAACAGCGAGCAAUUACAAGUUGCCUGUUGGGGUCGUCCACCAUCCUUCAGCUCGAGAUAUCUCACUGUCAGAUCACCUACACUAGAAGAUUUUGAGGUACCAAACGUGCAAGCCCAAGUUUUUAUACACGCAACAAAGAUAUGUACCAUUAUUGGAGAAAUUGGAGAGCUUCACCUAGAACGGCGGCCAGUCGCCUUCCACGAAGUCUUCGUGCUCACUCAGGCACUGUGCAGCUGGGUGCGCGAGCUCCCCGACGAGCUUUGCCUUUAUAAUUCUGAAGGUGAUAGAAACGACUUCUGUCGGCUAGUAUCUGAGCUAUUCAUCAAAUAUUUUGCAGCAAUCAUUUUGCUGCAGCUCCUCCAGAAUGAAGUCAACCAACAGAGCCGUACAACAAUGCGGUCACUUGUUGCGGCAUCUUGCAUGGCUAAGCUCUAUGAAGAGAUUUAUUACAGAGAGCAGACGUGCUUUUUGCUCCCUAUCCAUGGAUUUCUUUGUAUGAUCGCAUCGCUCCCACAGAUAUACUAUCAGCCACAGUCUGCACAGAAGAAGACAACCCGGAAGGAGGAAAUUGAUAUCUUACGGUCCAUAAUGAAAAUCAUGAGAGGUAAAUACGGCGGAGCUACAAUGGUGUUGGCUAAAAUUCAACGGCUGGAGAAAGAGGUCAAAGCUUCAACAGAUCGAUAUCUUCUGGAAACAGACGCUAUUGGGCUAUCUGGUGAUGGUAUCCUGCAGGAUCCGAGUGAAUGCCUAGAAGAACUCUUCCCAUUUCCUUCCGCUGCAUGUGCUCACAUGGAUUUUAUUAAGCAAAGUGGAGGGGUGCAACAAGACUUCAUGCCUCAGGAUUUUGUUCCGAUGGAGGAUGAGUGGGCGAGAUGGCUGGUCUCGGAAGGCCAUAGCUUUGUGGACUUGUUUGGAAUGUACUCUAAGGAGUGUGACAUUGUGGAAGAGCCAAAUGCUUAA